GGAGGGAAAGGGAAAGGGAAAGGGCGGGAAAGAGGGCGGAAGGAAGGAAGGGAGGAAGGGAAAGGAAGGGGAAAGGGAAGAAAGAAAAAGUCUUCUUGGGGGCUGGGAGAUUCCAGAAAGGGUUAA